ACAAUCCGGGCCUGUCUGCCUGGGGGGCCGGCUGCCAUCGGGCCCCGCCCCCAGGGGGCGCGCGCUGGCCGUUCGGAGGCUGCGGGCGGAGCAACACCGCCCCGGGCCCCUUCGUUCUGCCGGAGCGUUGCAGGCCGGGCCCUGUUCUUGGCCGUGCUUUGCCUUGGCGCCGCUGUUGCCAUGGUCACGCUGCGGCAGCCCGGCCUGGCUCCCGCGCCCUGGUUCUAGCAGGAGGGAGCCGGUCACCCCGCCAGCGACAUGAACAGGUGUGAGCUGGGCUGGGGCCCCGGGACUCCCAGGACGACAACCCCCAAGGUCUCUGGAAUGCUGGAAGUGGUUGGACCAGAUGAUGGAUUUAUUCUAGAAGCCUGCUUGACAAUGUCAAGGCAGAACUGUUUAGAAAGAACAGAUGCCAUAAAGGACCAAAAGAAUGGACAAAAUGGCAGAUUACAUGUGUUUGGUCCAAAAGAAGAAGUGGUUAUUGAACCAAUUCAAACAAUGCCACGGCAGCAUGGAUGUGGACCAGAAUCUACAAACAAAGUUUAUAUUCCAACAAAACAAAUCUCAUUAUGUGCAGCUAAAUCAACUUUUGAAAAAUGGGAUGCUUCUGCAAAAACUAUAAAAAAGAAAAAUUCAUCUAGGAUUCAGGAGACUAAUUUAAGAUCACCCCACUACAUACAAGAAACUACAGAUGAUAAAGAAAAAAAUUCCGGAAAUGUAGGAAAGCCAGCGAAUAAUGAACUCAGCACUGAAUUUCAGACAAAUAGUAUUGAGGACCAUAAUAUUAAUGAGCAGCUGUCAGAAACUACAGAUGACGAUGAAAGCAGCAGUGAAAAUAGUGAAAAUGAAGAUAGAAAAACAAAUGCACCAAUAGAGUUGCUGGGAGAGUUCCUGAAAGCAAUUAUGGAUCAAGACUACAGUCUCUCAAAAAAACUUUGUCAAAUGAUUCUAAUCUAUGAACCAGAAAAUACUGAGGCUAAGCAGUUUCUUCCACUUCUUGAAGAAAAGUUGCUGAUAGAAAGUACACAGAAUUUUGGUGAUGAAGAGGGUGAAGAAACGGAUGAAGGAAGCAGUGAGGACAGUGAAGAGGAUACUAGCAGUUCAGAUAGCAGUGAUGAUGAAGAAGAAGAAAGUUCUGAUGAUUCUGAUGAAAACGUAUAGCAGUUUGGUAAUUCUUCUAUACUCCCUAUAGGUUGAUUAUUUUGAUUCUUCUGUACAGUCACUUUUUAAACACCAUAUUAAAAUGUACUGUUUAAUCAUUAUAACUUUUCUCCCUCUUAAACUGCUGCAUUCUUUUGCAUUUAGAUUGCCUCCCCACUCACACACAGCCCAGCGUACCAGUGGUUCUCAACCAAGGGUACAUGUACAUCCGGGAGUACACAGAGGUCUUCUAGGGGGUACAUCAACUCAUCUAGAUACUUGCCUAGUUUUACAACAGGCUACAUAAAAAGCACUAGCGAAGUCAGUGCAAAGUAAAAUUUCAUAAAGAAAAAAUGAGAGCAAGUAAUUUUGCAGUAAUAGUGUGCUCUGACACGUCUGUAUUUUUAUGUGAUUAUGUAAGCAAAUAGUUUUUUAAGUGAGGUGAAACAAGUGGGGGUAAGCAAGACAAAUCCAACUCCUGAAAGGGGUACAGUAGUCUGGAAAGGUUGAGAACCACUGCACCAGCCUAACCUUGUUCCAUAGCACAUUUGAUGGUAUAGACAGAAUUGAUCUCCUUAGACAUAACUCCUAAAAAAUGUUCCUGUUGAUGCAAUCAGGUAGAUGAAAAGCUAGGGUGCCUGUCAUCAGUUGAGCAAAGACAUGAAUUUUUAUUGAGGAAUUUGGUGCUUUUAAAAUUCAUUGACACCAGUUCAGCAGUGGAAUAAAAUCUUCCUAAAUAAUUGUGCGGAGCAAAUGAUUUCACACAAUGCUGGUAAGACUCUGAAUGGAGUAAAAAGCCUCUUUAAAAUUUAAAAAUAAAUAUACAGCUUCUUGGAAGAAAUCAAACAAACAGGUUUUCAAACAAAUAUUUUGUGUUACAAAAUGUUGUCAUUAAACCAUAUCUUUGGAAAUACCUGCUAAAAUUCUGUUCAUGCAACCUGUCUCUUCCCACCUCACUCCCCUUCCACUCCCCCACAAUUUAACUUAGAUAAUUACAGUAACCCUGACAUAAGGGGAUGCAACUUCAGUGGAAGUUUCUUGGCCAGAUUUGGAGACAAAACUUACAUUACUGUUUAAGAUUUGUCAGGUAUAAAGUUAGCCAGAAUAUGUAUGUAAGUAAUAAAGUAGAGUAACUUGCACCAAUUUGGCAUUCAGCGGGUGUGCAAAGUGAGGAUAACAAACACAUUCAGGUGGCAUGGAAUGCAGCAGGAAAAGCAGACAGCAUGAUGUGAAAAAAUGCAUUCAAGACUUGGACUGAACACUAUUAUGUUUUCUGUAGUCUAAUCAUGAAAAACAUUCAUAUUUUUAAUACAGUAUUCUGGUGUGCAGAAGACGUGUCACAUGUAACCAUCUUUUGUUUCAUGCACCAGAACACUUAAGUAUAGUGUUGCUUUUUCGCUCCUAACAUUUCAGGACCCCUUGUUAAUGUCAGUAGCUAUAUGACACCAUGGUUCUUGUUGUAGUGCCUAAUUGUUACUUGCUUUCUCUUCAAUGUAACAAAUGUGUUAAUGAAGUUAUUAAAUAUAACAGAAUAAAUAUUUUGCUUGUUUAUUUUGGUACAUCUGUUCAAAUCAUUAUGGGAGCAUCACCUCUUACAAGUAAAGUCUGAUAAGUGAGAGAAAU